UAAUAUGUUUUACGUAAUACAUUGAAAUAUUUUGUGGUUAAAGCUUUCUUAUCUCCAUUCUUAUGUUGCAAGAGAUGUUUGAGAACCACUGAAAAAGCACGAGGAUCGCUGUAUUUCAUCAUUUGCCGAUUUUCAUGAAAUUAAGAAUGAUGGCAUCGUUCGUAGUACCGGUUGCAACGAGAUUUACUCGUGUCACAAUUGAUAGUUUGCACAACAUAAAUAAAAAUAUUUUACUUAGGUUAACUCAACCAUCACAUGUUUGUUGGCAAAGGCAAGAGUAUAGUACAAUUACAGAAGAGCAAAAAUCUGAAAGUGGGGAAUCUCAAUCUACAAUAUUGGAACUUACAGAAAAUGAAAAAAAAUUGAAAGCAGACAUUGAACUUCUUAAUAAAGAGUUAACAGAUCUUAAGAGUUACAAAAAUGAGGUAGAAGAUAAAUACAAAAGAGCACUUGCUGAUGGAGAAAAUCUGAGAGUUCGAUUAAAUAAACAAAUUGAAGAUGCAAAAAUGUUUGGUAUUCAGGGAUUUUGUAAAGAUCUUUUAGAAGUAGCAGACAUUCUAGGUAAAGCUACAGAAAGUGUACCAAAAGAUGAACUUACAAAAAAGAAUCCUCAUUUAAAAACAUUAUUCGAAGGUUUAAAGAUGACAGAGGCACAGUUACAUAAAGUGUUUAAAAAACAUGGUUUAGUUUCAUUAAAUCCAUUGAAUGAAAAGUUUGAUCCUAAUCAACAUGAAGCAUUGUUUCAACAAGAGGUUGAAGGUAAAGAACCAGGAACAAUUGUUGUUGUGUCUAAAUUGGGCUAUAAAUUACAUGAACGAGUAGUAAGACCAGCAUUGGUUGGUGUUGCCAAAGGAUAAUUUGUGGUUAUAUAUUAAGUAAAGUGGGAUUAAAUACAAUCUCAUAUGAGGUACCCGUGAAUGAAAUAUUGGCACAUAUAUAUUGUAAUUAAAAUUUAAAUGUAACACAUCAAAGUAUGAAUGUCAGAUAAUUGA